UCUUCUUGGCGGCCUCCACACUCCACAGCCUUUGCGAGCUUUCCUCCGAGCUGUGGUGGUUUCUGUGCUGGAGAGCAAGAUGGCUAGAGCGGCUCAGCCGUCUGCGUCGCUCGUGCUCCUCUCCCUGGGUCUUGUGCUCCUCUGCUUCACCUCAGGAAGCACCGUUCGGCUGGCCGACGCACAGGCACAGCCCGCACAGACGUGGUGCGUGGCGAAGCCCUCCGCGGACGAAAAGGCGCUGCAGGGGAACAUCAACUAUGUCUGCCAGAACGUGAGCUGCAGCGUGAUCCAGCCGGGCGGCCCCUGCUUCAACCCCAACACCCUGGCCUCCCACGCCUCCAUCGCCAUGAACCUCUACUACGCCUACAACGGCAGGCACUCCUGGAACUGCUACUUCCGGGAAUCCGGUAUCAUCGUGCAGUCCGACCCCAGUUACGGUUCCUGCACUUUCUACUGAUUGUCUUCACCGAGGUUGAGCUGACGCCGUUUGUCGAGGCAGUUGCGGUUGCAGUAGGUUCUUCAUUGUUAGUAGGAAUAUGUUUAAUUGUGAGGCGCCUUAAUUUGGUGGAGAAGCCCCAUGUUGUCGUGAGCUACCUGCUCGAGCAUCAUGCAAAGUUUGAUUGGUUCAGGAGCAGCGUAUUAGUGUCGUGACCCAACUGUCGGUCUGUGUUGCGUCUUGUCUGAGAUGUUCAGUUGCUCGUCUCUCUCUCUCU